CCACAACACUUCGUCACCUCCGCCAUCAACCGUCAGGACGCUUCGCCGCAUAGAGAGAGGGUAAAAGAGAUGAGGUUGAUAGUGCACAACAUGUUGACUUGCAACAUCAAGGGAGUGGUUAACAAGUUCCCUCUGCGUAUCGAAGCAGAGAAGGUGGUGAUCAAGAAGGAGGUCGAUUUCAACACUGAUUUUCUCAGGCACAUGCUGGCCAAGAUCGAGUGGAAGGCUCUCGUGGACGGUGCGCGUUCCAUGGGAUAUACCGAGCUUCCUGAUCACGCACCGGAAGCAGAGGAAUCAUAUUCAUUCCUCAAGAAGUUUCACCACGCGUUGCUCGAGCUCCACCUCGAGGAAGGCUCGCUCGUCUGCCAAGAAACCGGUAGGAAGUUUCCAGUCGAGAAAGGAGUCCCAAACAUGCUUCUCCACGAGGACGAAGUUUGAAAGCAGCUCCGGGCCAGAGAAGCUUCCGUGUAUUCAUGGUCCCACUUAUCCUCAUUACUCAACUGGAAGCUGUUCGUUUUCUACAUUCACGAUCAGAUUCGUCUUUCCUCAAGCUCACAUACAAGAACAGUGAGGCCUUACCGG